AUGUUCUCCAACAGGCUCGUUCCAUCCUUCUUGCUUGCCCUCGCUACCACCUUGCCCUUCUCAUACUCUGCCCCAUUCGACGAAGAAGUCCAAACGUUGAUCGAGUCACGAAUCGCCGCGUCAAACGAUCAUCCGACGCUCGACAUCCGCGUUGACGACGAGUACAGUAAAUUGCAGUCCCAUAAUGCAAACGAAGGAGACGGGGAAGGACAAAAGAGACCUUACGGGCUUCUUGGGCACGGGGAUGUCGAGUUCAAGUUCUAUGAGCCGGAGAAUUAUAAGCAAGAGACGUUUAGAGUGAGCUACUUUGAACCGCCUACAACAUCUGCUGGGUACCAGGUGGACGACGCAUGGGAAACGCACUCUGCGACCAAAGUCAUUGAGGCAAUGUACCGUCUCGGUGACUGCGAGUCCCACGGCAAGCGCAACCGUAAAGCCAUCCGAAGGGUUGACAAACACUGA